GAGAAAAAGAGGGGGUGAAUCCUUCUCUCUUUUCAAAGCUGUAUCACUGGACGUGCACUUGCACAUAUUGCAGUUGCGUCUCAUAUAUGAGGAGACUCACACCACAACCUUCAAAAGAAUUCAUCUGGAAAAACCGCUCUCACGAUUGCUCAAUAAUGCUGCACGCUUAUUUGUGAAACUUCAGCGGACGCGCAUGAGGAUCAGAGCGAUUUCAGGCUUUGAUUCUAUGAAGGAACUAUGAUGCUGAAUUUAUUAUUUCAGAGCACAUGUAAAGAGUGAAUAAUCCAUCCGCGGUCUACUUCAUCCAGAACGCCCUUCAUCCAGCAUGCUCGCUGCGACUGUAGUAUUUCUUCUCGUGGGCGAAGUCUUGUCUACACAGGACUCAUGUCCUUCAGGGUCGUACACGACCAGUGGGGAGUGCUGCAAACAAUGCCAACCCGGGGAAGGGGUGGUGACGCCCUGCGGAGCGACACAGACAGUGUGUGAACCAUGUCUUGACAGCGAGACAUUCUCUGAAAACUUCAGCCACACGGAGCAGUGUCAGCCGUGUACACCAUGUUCUGAACUCAUGCGCAUGCUGACUCCCUGCACUGAUGCCAACGACGCAGUGUGUGUCUGCGACUAUGGGUUCUUCUUCAGCAAAAUGACGGGCCGCUGUGAGAUCUGCACGGUGUGUCCUGUGGGCCAGGGUGUGCUGAUCCGCUGUAAUUUUGACCAUGACACGAUGUGCGAGGAGUGUGUGGAUGACACGUAUUCAGAUCAGGAGACCUCUUUUGACCCCUGCAUGCCCUGCUCUGUCUGCGAUCAGCCUGAGAUGGAGUUGAGAAGCUGCACACCUUUCAGUGAUGCUGUCUGCCAAGAUGCAGAUCCUCCUGACACCUCAAGCUUCCCUUCUUCUCUUCCAUAUGUUACACCUUUCCUUCCUCCUUUUUCUUCUCCCUCUUAUUCUUCUUCUCCUGCUCCAUCAGUUGUCUCGUAUACAGAUAAGUCUCCUCCUGACAGUCCUACGGAGAGCGUGACCACGGCUGACCCUGGGCUGAAGAGACUUGGGUUGAGCAAAAACCUCAUUCCUAUCUACACCUCCAUACUGGCUGCAGUGCUGUUGGGCCUGGUGGCCUUCAUCAUCUUUAAAUGGUGGAACAGCUGUAAGAAGAACAAGCAAGGAGGCAAUAACAGAGCUUGCAGUGCAAACCCCAGUCAGACCCCUUCUCCUGAGGGAGAGAAACUCCACAGUGACAGCGGUAUCUCAGUGGACAGUCAGAGCUUACAGGAGGGCCAGGGGCCUCUACAUACAGUGGUCAAGAUAGAUGGAGGUUCGGGCCUGUCGUUGCCCUUACACACACGGGAGGAGGUUGAGAAAUUGCUAAAUCGUACCUGUGAAGGGGAGGAGUCAGGAGCCAAUGAGGACACUGAUUGGUGCAGCCUGGCAGGGCUACUUGGAUACAAAGAAGAACACAUUGCUAAUUUCAAGCAGGAAGAGAGGCCCAUCCAGGCCCUUUUGUCUCAUUGGGCGAGUCAGGAUUCGGCUAACAUUGAUUCACUUUGCACAGCACUGAAGAAGAUCAAUAGGGAGGAUAUCGCGCAGAGCAUCACAGUUAAACCAACUGCUACAUCUACCGUAUGAGAAAACACGAGCUUGCAAACACACACAUGCUCCCAAGCUGUAGAUGCCGAAAUACACACCUUACAUUGCCUUCAGCAUACUUCGAUGUUGAUGUAUCACCUGUGAAGUUGAUGUGUCACUAUAUCUUUACCUUUAGGCUGUAGACAGAAGUGCUGUUUCCCUUUACCUUUGAUUAUGGCCAAACUGUGUGCAACAAAUGCACAAUUUAGUAAAUAUUGUUUCCAUGUUCCUUAAAUUUGAGAAAAGGCAUAUGGACUUGAACACGGAUAUUCAUGUCUUUCCUGAAGAGAAUUCACCAUAAAAGACUCAUCAAAUCAAAAUCAUUCAUUUAUGUUUAACACAUUUCAGCAUCACAACUAUACAAACUCCACACCACAUCCAGCUCUAGCCUACAGAUUAUUCCUCCUUAGUAUUAGUUUAAAUGUUUUUAUUUAUUUUUUUUUUA